GCAAGGAGGGCAGGGCGCAGGCCGGCGCGGGAGGCGGCGGGCGUCCCGGCAACUCCGCCGGCGCUGAGGAGCAAGUUGCGCGGGGCCGCCCGGUGGGGCGCGCGGCGGCGAGGAGGCGGCGCGGCGGCCGCGUGAGGGCAGCGGGCGCCGCCGCCUCCGCCUCUGCCACCGCCGCGGAGCCCGGCGCUUCCGCCCGCCGCUUCUCCUCAGCCUCGGGGGCGGCGGAAGCCGGAGCCGGGCGCCGGUCCGCAUCGCCUCAGCCGCGGGCCCUGCUGGCCGGGCCGCCUCCUCCCCGCGCGGGCGGGGAGCGCGCGGCCGCCUCCCCCUCCCCCUCCCCCUCUUUCUUCUCCUCCCUCGCCGCCGCCGCCGCCGCCGCCGCCGCCGCCUCAGCCUUCUCCUCAGCCGCCGCCCGCUCCCGCCCGCGCGCGGCGGGAUGGACGAUCAAUCCAGGAUGCUGCAGACUCUGGCCGGGGUGAACCUGGCCGGCCACUCGGUGCAGGGGGGCAUGGCCCUGCCGCCUCCCCCGCACGGCCACGAAGGGGCGGACGGCGACGGCAGGAAGCAGGACAUCGGCGACAUCCUUCACCAGAUCAUGACCAUCACCGACCAGAGCUUGGACGAGGCGCAAGCAAAGAAACAUGCCCUGAACUGUCAUAGAAUGAAACCCGCGCUCUUCAGCGUCCUGUGUGAGAUCAAAGAGAAAACAGGUCUCAGCAUCAGAGGAGCCCAGGAGGAGGACCCUCCCGAUCCCCAGCUAAUGAGACUGGACAAUAUGCUUUUGGCAGAAGGGGUUUCAGGUCCUGAGAAAGGUGGGGGAUCGGCGGCAGCAGCUGCAGCCGCAGCAGCCUCUGGAGGUUCUUCAGAUAACUCUAUUGAACACUCAGAUUACAGAGCCAAAUUGACCCAGAUCAGACAAAUCUAUCACACAGAACUGGAGAAAUAUGAACAGGCAUGUAAUGAAUUCACUACACAUGUGAUGAACCUUCUCCGAGAACAGAGUAGAACACGUCCCAUUUCCCCCAAAGAGAUUGAAAGAAUGGUGGGCAUCAUCCAUCGAAAAUUUAGUUCCAUUCAGAUGCAGCUCAAACAAAGCACUUGUGAAGCAGUUAUGAUUUUAAGAUCAAGGUUCCUUGAUGCCAGACGGAAAAGGCGUAACUUCAGUAAACAGGCCACAGAAAUCUUGAAUGAAUAUUUUUACUCACACCUCAGCAACCCCUACCCCAGUGAAGAAGCCAAAGAGGAGCUGGCCAAGAAAUGCAGCAUCACAGUGUCACAGGUAUCCAAUUGGUUUGGCAACAAACGAAUCAGGUACAAGAAAAAUAUCGGCAAGUUUCAGGAAGAAGCCAACCUCUAUGCUGCAAAGACCGCCGUGACAGCUGCACACGCAGUAGCAGCAGCUGUGCAGAACAACCAGACCAAUUCGCCCACCACACCAAAUUCGGGUUCUUCUGGUUCUUUUAACCUCCCAAAUUCUGGGGACAUGUUCAUGAACAUGCAGAGUCUGAAUGGGGAUUCUUACCAAGGGUCCCAAGUCGGAGCCAAUGUGCAAUCACAGGUGGAUACCCUCCGUCAUGUUAUCAAUCAGACGGGAGGCUACAGUGAUGGCCUUGGAGGAAAUUCACUGUACAGUCCACAUAAUUUAAAUGCUAAUGGAGGCUGGCAGGACGCAACAACUCCAUCUUCUGUGACUUCUCCUACAGAAGGCCCAGGAAGUGUGCACUCGGAUACCUCUAACUAAUCUCUGGCCACACUUUUCCCUGGGCUGACAUGCCUUGAUAAGUGCAUUCAGAGCAAUAGGAGGAAAAGGAAAGCGUUUUUGUAGCCCACCAUCUACAGCUUUACUGUAAAACCUUGUCUUAGAGAACUUGGUAAAUCUGUUUUUUAAGGAAUCAUAAUCAUUUGUAUUUAUACUUAAAAACACACAAUGUUAAAAAAAAAAAAAAAAAAAAGCACUUUAUCCAAUUAGGCCAAGAUUUAACAUUGUUGACAGUCCUGUAGCUAUUUUAUCAUAAUUUAUUAUCAAUAUUUUACAUUAAUGGUUUCACAGUUGCCAAUUACUUGGCCUUAAGGGUAAAAAGUACAAUAUAUGCUAAACCUCAAUCGUUAAAGCAGAUGCAAAAAUUCACCUCACCUAAAUUGAAUUUCUUGCAUAUUUCCAUUCCUGACUCGGAUUGUCUUUCUUUCAUAUCACUAAUAGAGCUGGAAUGAAGAGCUGUUUGGCUCUCUCUGUUAACGAUGGUUGUGUUUAAGAAUCUUCUCGCCACAUUUGUGUUCAGAUCUCUUACGUUAUAAUUAGAUCAGAGACUGGUAGCAUCGUUUCUCUCUCUGAAAGCACCAGUGCCCAGAGUCUGCUCGGUAAUAAAAUUAUGGAUCCAGAUUGUUCUGAGAGAUGAAGAUACUUGCUGCUGAUAGAGGUGAAAACGAGAUCGAUCCAUCUGAGGUUUUACGGUGUGCACUGGGUGCUGCACAGACUUGUCAAGGUUUGCUACGUUCUCUGGGCAUCCGCAGAAGGCCCUGCUCUCUGGAGUGUUGUAUAUAGUGUAGCAAAAGAGUAUUUAUACAUCCCACCAAUCAGAACACAGCUUUAUUACCUCAUGCGAACUCAUACAAACCAAUAGAAUUUCAACAUGUUCUGUAGCUUAGAGUGCUCACUUACUACCUCUGAACAAUACUCACGCUGUAGUUUGUCUCUUUCUUAUCUUUUUGCAUCUUGUAAUUAACUCUUUGUUUCCCUUCAUAAAAUGUAAUGUACAUUGUAAUCUUUUAAAAGAAAAAUCAGGGUUGCGUUUGCAACUUUUAAAAAACCGAAAGUGGAAACAUUGGGUCUUAAUUCAACACAGGAUCAGAAAAACUGUUGUAAAUACUGAGAAACAUUUUGAAUGUUCUUCAUCUUAUUACUAAUUCAUGCAAAAAAAAAAAAAAAGCAGCGACUAAUUGUGAUGCAUUAAGAUUUCAGUAUUCAGUACUGUAUAUUUCACCCUGUGUAAUGGGGCCCCCUCUCCUUUCUCUCUUUUUGUAUGGUAUGCGAUUCUGAAACUGAUUGAGUCAUGAAAAUAAUUUGUGGCGGUGAUCCUAAUGUAUUAAAACGUUUCGUGUUCCUUUCUAACUGGAUUACACCCUGGAUUGAAAAAGUCUUCCUUGUGGUAGUUAUAUGUAGUUUCAAACAUGAAUAAACUUUUUGCUUUCAUGAUUAAA